AUGUCGCAGUAAAUUAUUUUUACGAUGACUGUAAAAUGGUGGUCAUCGUAAAGGAUAUUUCUAUAUAGAAAUGGAUUUUUAUAUGUCUUAAAUUAACUAAUUUUUAUUUCAUAACAUUUUAAUUUUCUUUGCAACUUUUCUGUGUGUGCAGUGUGUUUUAUUCAAAUAGUGCCUGUCAUAUUAAUUAAUAAAAAUGUCGUCUGAUGAUGAAAAACCUCCUGCACCUCCAGUUCGUUUGACAUCCAACAGGAGCACUGAUCUUGUCAAUAGCUCCAUUGCCGUGGAUAGGCCCCUUCCAAAGGAACCCGAGGAUUUGGACAAGAAAAAGAAAAACAUUAAAUCCAAAAAGACCCACAAGCUAUCUACUUAUGCCUCAGACAAACCUAACAUUUCUUAUCCCACCAAUUUUGAACAUACUGUACAUGUUGGAUUUGAUCCUGUUUCUGGAGAGUUUACGGGAAUGCCAGAAGCAUGGUCACGUUUGCUGAUGAAUUCAAACAUCAGUAAACAGGAGCAGAAAAACAACCCUCAAGCUGUUUUAGACGUUCUAAAUUGGUAUGAUAACAGUUCCAAAGAACCUCCAAAUACCAAGUAUAUGACCAAAACUGCCACCACACAUUCUGGAGUGUUUGUAGGUUCAACUUUAAGUAGAGUAUCAAGUUCAAGUCCGAGUAGUACUACGCCUACGGAAGGAGACAUAGGUCAUCAGUCUUAUCACAGUCCUGUACACGUUGCUAGUUCAGAAAUCGAAGAUGAAGCUCCACCUCCUCCCAUCGCCAGUCGACCUGAACGCACUAAAAGUAUUUAUACGAAACCCGUUGAAGAAAUUCAGCCGAACAACGCCGGAAACGGCACACCUCCCCACGGUCUCAGCCCCUCGCACCUCGCCCCCGUACACGCCGCCGCAAAUUCUAACGCGAACAAUACGCCCGUACCGCCAGUAUUCGACAAAAACAAAAAUCAAGCUGGUUCGGAGAUGUCGAGAGCUGCCUCGGAGAAGAGGAAGAAGAAAAUGUCGGACGAAGAAAUUCUGGAAAAGUUAAGAAGUAUCGUAUCGGUUGGGGAUCCUAAUAGAAAGUAUACUAAAUUGGACAAAAUUGGCCAGGGAGCCUCUGGUACAGUUUAUACGGCAAUAGAGACUGCGACUGGAAUGGAAGUAGCUAUUAAACAAAUGAACCUAUCACAGCAGCCUAAAAAAGAAUUAAUUAUAAACGAAAUUCUAGUCAUGCGAGAAAAUAAGCAUGGGAAUGUUGUUAAUUAUCUAGACAGUUAUUUAGUAAAUGAGGAACUUUGGGUAGUUAUGGAAUACCUACCUGGCGGUUCACUGACUGAUGUAGUAACAGAGACUUGUAUGGAUGAGGGGCAGAUAGCCGCAGUAUGUCGAGAAGUUCUUCAGGCCUUAGAUUUCCUCCAUUCCAACCAAGUUAUCCACAGGGAUAUAAAGUCUGACAAUAUUUUGUUAGGUCUUGACGGAUCUGUUAAAUUAACGGAUUUUGGUUUUUGUGCUCAAAUUAGCCCAGAACAGUCAAAAAGGACUACAAUGGUGGGCACCCCUUACUGGAUGGCACCCGAAGUUGUCACCAGGAAGCAAUACGGACCUAAGGUUGACGUGUGGUCAUUGGGUAUAAUGGCGAUAGAAAUGAUAGAAGGAGAACCUCCAUAUCUAAAUGAAAAUCCUCUUAGAGCACUUUACCUUAUCGCUACUAAUGGUAAACCUGAUAUUAAGGAAAAAGAAAAACUGUCGCCGGUAUUUCAAGAUUUUCUAGACAAUUGUUUAGCGGUAGAGGUUGACAAGAGAUCAUCUGCUAGGGAUUUAUUAAAGCAUCCUUUUUUGAAGUUAGCGCGUCCACUUGCGAGUCUUACGCCAUUAAUUUUAGCAGCCAAGGAUGCUGCCAAACAGCACUAGCGACGAUGUCGCUGUCAACGGCCACACUAACAGCGUCGCCUUGUAAAAUAUUAUUUUAAAAGAAGUAAAUUUUAACGGUCGUUUUUGUUACAGAUUUUCUGAAUUAAGGGAUUCAAAUAGUAUAGGCUGUUUUUUAGUUGAUGGCGCCUAAAAUUAUUGCUAUAUAUUGUAAAUUGGGUUAAAUGUUUAUAAUCGUCUCAUAAAGGUUAUUUCGGGCCAUUCAGUUAUCUUGAUGUACACAUUCCUUGCACUAUGAAUUGGCAUCUUAAAAUUUGGCAAAAAAAUAUGUCUAUAACUAGAUUUUAAACUGAAAUCUAAUAUCCAAAAAGAUACUAUUAAGCAAAUAAUUUAUUGUUGCCAAUAUCAACGUAUUAUGCAUAUUUUUAUAUGAGAGAUGUGGAUCUAUUAGAUGAAGGAACAUGACGUUUUUGAAUGGCAAUAUGACCUAAGCGAAUUAAUCGUUGCGAAAAAUAGUUUAAAUAUUAGAAUAUUUCUCCCAAUUCCUUGAGGAGUAAUUAAAUUUUAAGUAAUUUUAGGUCCAGAAAGUCCUUUUUUGGGUCGCAAUAAUGGAAUUUCAUAAAUCCGUAGAUAAACACUUUACGCGAACCAUUUUAACAAGCAACUACAUUAAAUCACUAAACUAACUUCAUAAAUUAUUUCUUCAAUCCACAUCUAAAAAUAUAAUUUGCAAAAAAAUAUAUACAAAGAUUUUAGUGCCUAAAUAAUUUUUAUCACUGAUUGGGAGACGUUCCAAUUAAUUUGCGUCAGACAUUACUUUUUAUCUUUUUUUUAUUUUAUAAUUAUUGUAAUUAAUAAAAUAAUUAGUAAUCGUUGGUUAAUUGGCAAGACCACAUAGUUUUUUCUUUUGGUGCGAACUCGACUAAUGAAGAUUGGCUACAACCAUUGGAAAUUGGUCUCUAUAUUCUGCCUUUGUUAAAAACCCGUUUGGGUGUUCAACCCGGUCCAGUCGCAAAUAUUUUUCAGCCAGUAUAUUUGUCGUCUACAAGCACCUUUUUUGUUCGAUUUUACCCUUCAUAAUCAGCUGCAACAACUGAUACUUGUCAUUUCUAAGUACAGUCGGAAAAAAUGAAAGAUUACCCAUGAACGAUCACGCCAAUCACUUAUUUUGAAUUUGUUGUCUUUUUCUAUAAAUAACAAACGUUUGUUAUAGAAAAAGACAGCAAAUACAAAAUAAGUGAUUGAUGUGACUGUAUGUGCCCCAAAUAUGCUGUCUUUCUCCUUGUAAUGGUGGUCAAACGUUCUCUGUUUUUUCCUAUUCUGUGCAACACCAUUUCGUUCGCAAUAUGAUCGGUGCAUGGUAUUUUUAAAAUUCUCCUAAAAAGCCACAUCUCAAAAGCUUCCAGCUUUCUGGUUAAGUCAACACAUAGUAUCAAAUAAACUUAAUCGUAUCGUAACAUAGACUCUUAGGAUGCUUAAACUUAGUGUUUAUGAAAUGUGAAGUAUGGUCCGAAUAACAAUCUUUAAGAGUAUUCGCUCCGAGCGUUAACAAAGUGUCAAAGCAAAAUCAACCGACCUGCUCAUGGUGGCGGUUUUUUGAAAUUUUAUAAGGACGCUUUGUGUAUGUUUAAAUGAAACAUUUAAAAAAAAUGCCGUAUCACGCUAGUGAUAUUAUGUAUUAAUAUAAACAGCAAAUAAAAACGCACUUAAUCUGAUAUAAAUUCUUCACUUUCCAAUAUUGAUCAUCAGUUUGAUUUUGUAUACAUAACCUCACUAUCGCAGUUUAUGUCAAUAAAUCUUUAUUAACGAAAAAGAAAAUAUUUUUGUUGCACUAUAAAUUACAGAAUAAAUUAAUAACUAAUGAAUUCUAACAAUGGUAUUCAGUUAUUAUCACUAUAAAAUAAAAUAUUCAAGUUUAACAAAAUAAUCCCAUAAGACUCAAUGUUAAAACGUCCUUACAAAAUCUGACAGCGUGUCACGUGACUGUGAAUAGAGGGGAGACGCACGGAGCCAAUUGCUAAGUAGAUCGAAAGGUUUGUUCCAACACAAUUUUUGUACUGUCCGGAAAUCAUCACGAAACUGCUCGUAUCGUUUUAUGCGCAUAUUCAUCAUUUCUAUGCGCAAGUUUUUAGCGCGCAAGUCAGCCUUGACCAGUACUUGCAUUUAUCCGUGUACUGAAAUGAUCGUCACGAAACUCAGUUUACGAUCACAAUUUUUGUUGGGAAAAUUGGAAAGACGAUGCGAUUAACGAUCAUUGUUUUAUUGGAUUGAUUUUGUUUACUGCGCAGGAGCGAAUCGUUACAUGACGGUUGUUCGUUGUGUUGGAACAAACCUAUUGUUUAUUUAAUUUCAAUUGUGGUAUUUUUACCACAAAUACAAAAAAAUAACUAGCCACAGAAGAGCAAAUUUGAUUUUUAAUCUUGAAAUUUAAGUAGGCAGCUGAUUAAGUUUUAUUUACAUAGUAAAAGAUAUCAUGUGAUUAAGAAAUUAGUAUAUAUUUAUUCGCCUGUAUUAUUGGCAUCCCUUUGGAGAAUCGAUUUUAUCCCAUGUUACUAGAAAGUGCAUUUCUAUUUUAUAUUAGACCAUUGUAUUAUACAUGUAUAGGUAGUAAUAGUAGUGUCGGAUCUUUAUAAUCAAUAUUUUGAUUCUUUGCAAUUCUAGUAAUAUAGGCAAUGUAAUAUAAAAUAGCAGUAAAGCAAAUAUCGUUACACGCCAUAUAUUCAUUGACGUCAUAAAUAAUUGGAACUACAAACUUUAAGUUUACGUCAUUAAAAAUGUAUUAUUUAUGCAAUUUAACACAACGUUUGUCAUUAAUUUUGUGUAUUUGUACUUUCAUAUGGAAUUUAAAUAAACGAUUAUACUUAAUAAAAAAUAAUAAAGUAUCCUCAAAAUAUUCUGCAUUUUCCAUAGCCUUGCAUCUUAUGGCACCAUAGAUAAUACCUACACUGCGCACUGCAAUCUAAAACUUUUCCCCCAGUGCGACAGCGAAAAAUGAUUGUAAACAGGUUAUGCAUCUCUUUCUAAUCGACUUGGGUUUAUCGACCAUGUGACUUUCCCACUGCCACCGACUAGAUAAACGUCGUCGAUUAGAAAGAGAUGCAUUCCCUGUUUACAUUUUUCUCUGUUGCACUGGGGGAACAAUUGUAGAUUGCAGCGCAGUCUAGAUAUUACUUCAUGUACGACACCGUCAGUAUUCUAACCUCAAAUUUAUUUACUCUUAAUCCCUUUUUUAAACAAUUGAUCAUAGAAUUUUGUCACACAUGUCCUGCGAUAUUUAGACAGUUCUUAUCUGGAACCAUAGAAAAUGAUGACGGACAACCAUUUACAUUUUCCAAAACAUUAAACUGAAUCGAUGACAUUAUUAUCGACUUGUCGAAAUUAGUCAACACAUGAAAUAUAGCGUGUAACGACUUUGUUUUGCGUUUAGUGUAUAUGAAAUUAUACAAGCAUUUGACAGGGUGAGUUCAAUCAAUAACCAGAGAUAUAAGAUAAUCGGCAAGGGAUGUAGGUGUGUAAAAUUCGUCGUGUUUAACUUACUUUUUCUAAACUUCUAAAAUGUACGUUAUUAGUUUAUGAAAUUCAUUUUUUCUGAGUAAUUUUUCUAGAAAACGAUUUAACAUACUAUGCUUUGUUUUUAAACCAGGAGGAGUAAACUAAAAAGACAGAUUCACACCCAAGAAAGUUACUAGAAAAAUCACCAAAUACAUCUUCUUUUUUGGUUGAUCAUGUCAACCUUCAACGGUAAUCCAUAAAUAUUAUAUUAUACUAAGUCGUCGCUAAAGAAUUCUAAAAACAACUGUUUUUUUAUAUAGAUGCAGACUAAAAAUCGAAAAAUUAAAGGAAUAAUGCGGAAAAUACAAAAAAUCGCCGAUAUAACUUAAUUAACCUAUGAAAUGCCAUAGUGUAAAAAUUUCAUAAAUGUCAAUAGUGUCAAAAUUUCAUAAUAGUGGUGUAAACUUGCCUGAUGUUGGACCAAUUACAAACAAGCUUUACUGCGCGGUAAAUUUGAAUUACUCCUGGUUUAAAAACAGAGCAUAGAACAUUUUCAAAUAUAUUAGAUUAUCUAUUUCAUCGAGAUUCUUCUACAAUCGGCCACAAAAUUUAGUAUUAAUUACUUGUAGUUACUGCUAAACCAUAUUGACAAAACAAUUUCGUUCUUGUGCUGCUAAAUAAUUCACCUUGAUAAAACAAAAAAAAAUGUAAUUAUGAAUGAUCCUUCAAGUAUAUUUUACAAUUUGUUAGAUUAGUGACUUAAUGGGACUUACUUUGGAAAUUGGAAAAAGGAGACAAUUUUUAAAUAAUAUUAAAACAAAAACUAUUUUAUUUAUUGUUAUAAUUUUUUUAUACAGUGCUCUUCAGAUAAAACUAUCCACCUUAAAUAACUUUUAAACCGCUGAUUUUUAGAAAAAGCAAAAACACGUCAAAUAAUACUUGAAGGGGGAGACAUUAUGCCAUAUUUGCUUGCCGGGAAAGGCACCCUUUCUCCCCCCGUAUCAUCCCUUAAUUUUUUAAUUACUUCCACCUUUUUUUUUCAUAUUUGGAUUCUCCUCUUUGUACUGAUUUCAAAAAUGUAUAACACAUGAUGCUUAAAGUGAUUAGUUUAUGAGAAAAAUAAAUACAAAAGCAUAAAAACUGGAUUGAAAAAAAUUAUUUUUUUACAAUUUUAUUAGAUACAAACAUUUAGAAUGAACAAUUCACUACCAACAAUUUUAACAACAAUAUUCAAAAUGAUGUUUGAAAGUUUGAAUAAUUAUUGUUAAAAUUUUUGGUAGUGAAAUGUUCAUUCUAAAAGUUAUAAAAUUGUUAAAAAAAUAAUCUUUGUACAAUCCAGUUUAUUUGCUUUUGUAUUUAUUUUUCUCAUAAACUAAUCACUUUAAGUAUCAAGUGUUAUACAUUUUUGAAAUAAGUACAAAGAGGAGAAUCCAAAUAUAGAAUAAAAAAGGUGGAAGUAAUUUAAAAAAAAUAAGGGACGAUACGGGGUGUGAGAGGAUGCCUUCCUAGCAAGCUUAAAUAUGGCAUAAUGUCUCCACCUUCAAGUAUUAUUUGACGUGUUUUUGUGUUUUUUCUAAAAAUCAGUGGUUUAAAAGUUCUUUAAGGUGAAUAGUUUUAUCUGAAGAGCACUGUAUAUUGUUAAAAAGGUUUUGCAGUAUACAAAAAAUUACCUAUAAGUAUAAGUGCAACUGUUUUAUAUAAAACAAAACUUAUUUCGAUCUUGUCAAUUUAUUUUAGUUACUCCGCGUUUUCACUCGUCCUGCUUAUAUUUUUGUUAAAAUUUUUGAAGUUGGUGCAAUUUAAAACGUUGAAUUUUACGAUCCAGUUGCUCCAGUGAUGUAUUAAUAUUAUUUGAUGUGAUGUAGUCUUACGAAUAAACUAUAUUUUAUAAGAACAAACCUAUGAACAAUUCUUAUAGAAAACUGAUAGUGAUUGAACUUGUGCUGUAUUUAUAUAUUGACGGAGACUGUGCCUAAUUUCAUGUUAGUAAUGAGGCGUUGAUAUCUACUCGUUUUUAUUUUCAAUACGCCACGUUACUCCUGACGUCACACUAUGUUUCGUUGAUGUCUCGAUUGGAAACAAACUGAAUUCGUUAAUAGUUCAUGUUAAAUUUAAUGUACUAGGGCGGGCGAAGUACUUAGCCUUCAAAAGAAAAACGAAAAUUUUGGAAAAGUGGCGAUUUAUUUCUGAACGUAGUCUCCUUUUAGCUCGAUACACGUGACCCAGCGUUGCUCCACCUUCUUUAACCCGUCUGAAAAAUAUCUUUGCUCGAGAUCUGCAAAGUAGGCUUCCGUGGUGGUGAUGAACUCUUUAUUUGACUUAAAUUUCUGCCCGGCUAGUGACUUUUUCAAGUUUGGAAGUAAAAAAAGUCGUACAGGCCCAAAUCUGGAGAAAACGUUGGAUAGAACGGCAGUUUGUAGCCCAAUUUGACUAGUUUGGCCAUGGCGAUGGCGGAGGUGUGAGUCGGAGCGUUAUCAUGGUGGAAGAGUAUUUUUUUCUUCCCCAAUUGGGGCCGUUUUUCUUAAAUUAGGUGUCGAAUCGGACUAAUAAUGCGAUUAUCGGACCAAUAAUGCGAAGUAGAUAUAGACCAUACCUUGUGAAUCCCAGAAAAUGGUGGUCGUCGCCUUUCCGGCCGAUUGGACAGUCUUCGCUCUCCUUGGAGCACGUUCGCGGGGUCAGGUCCACUGUAUCGACUGUUCCUUGGACUCUGGUGUAUACCAGUGGAACUAUGUUUCAUCGACGCGACGGUUAUGAAACAACGUAGAAACUCAUUUGGAUUACGUUUAAACAGCAUCAGACACUGCUCUGAAGUGGUCUCAUGGUUGCGUUUGUAGUUAGAAAUUAGAAAAUGCGGCAGCCAUCGCGCCGACUUUUUUUUAUGUCCCAAAUUUCAUGCAGGAUAUUACCAACGUGAUCUUUUGAGAUGCCUAUUGUCCCAGCUAUCUCACGCACCUUCGGUCGGCGGCUACCAAUUCGAGAACAUAGAUUUCUUUCACAUUAUCCUCAGUGGUAGCCGUUUUCGGGGCACAUGGGAGUGACGUGCCACCACGUCGAAACUCGCUAAACCAUUUUUUUUGACGGUUUUUAUCGAAGGAGAAGACUCACCGUUUACAGCAUUCAAGCGCUUUUUGAUUUCGCUACGGGAUUUCCCCUCUAAUAGACAAAGAGGCAGCGCUGAAAAAUCUCUUUGAAUUUACUAAAGCUAAAAUUUUCACAGUUGAUUACUGUGAUUGUGUAGAGAAACAUACUGCGGUCGGUUAAGCGAAACGUAGAACAGGGGUUACUGAGAGGGUAUCAAAAUUGCUUUCCUAUGAAGGUAAUUAAAUCCAUUUACUAAGGCUGAAAAUCAGUACACACAUUCUAAAUUGAAUAUAAAUAAAAGUUAUUAUAGUCGGUCAGCUGUAUGACGGGACAGAGCCGGUCGGUCGGCCCCAAUGAAUGUACAGGGUUAUUCACUAUAUUUUGACCAUCUUGUAAACUGCUUUAUUUACAGAAUUAGAAAAAAAUGUAAAGUACAAAAGUGUUUCGAUUUUUUAAUUAUGAUUUUUUGACAUAUAUAUCGUACUAGUGACGUCAUCCAUCUGGGCAUUAUGACAUAAUCGACUAUUUUUUAAAUGAGAAUAGGGGUCGUGUGCUAGCUCAUUUGAAAGGUUAUUCAAUUAUCUAUCUAUACAGUGCUAUAAACAUUAAGAUUAUUAUUUAUACAGGGGUCCAAAUUUUUUUUUUGAAUUAUUAAUUAAAUAAUUUAAUUAACAUUUUUUUGGACUCCCUGUAUAAUUAAUCACGUUUAUCUUUAUAUUACUAAAUGGGGAAUUGAAUAACCUUUCAAAUGAGCUAGCACUCGACACCUAUUCCCAUUUAAAAAAAAUUUGUCGAUUGCGUCAUCACGCCCAAAUGGAUGACGUCACUAGUACGGUAUAUAUGUCAAAAAAUCAUAAUUUAAAAUAACUUUUGUAUUUUACAUUUUUUUCUAAUUCUGUAAAUAAAACAGUUUACCAGGGGGUCAAAAUAUAGUGAAUAACCCUAUACAUUCACUGGGGCCGACCGACCGGCUCUGUCCCGUCAUACAGCUGACCGACUAUAAUAACUUUUAUUUAUAAUUUUAUUAAUUUAAUAUAAUUUUAUUUUAUAUUUAAUUUAGAAUGUGUAUACUGAUUUUCAGCCUUAGUAAAUGGAUUUAAUUACCUUCGUAGGAAAGCAACUUUGAUACCCUCUCAGUAACCCCCGUUCUACGUUUCGCUUGACCGACCGCGGUAUGUUUCUCUACAAAAUUACAGUAGUCAACUGUGAAAAAUCUAGCUUUAGUAAAUUCAAAGAGAUUUUUCAGCGCUGCCUCUUGGACUAUAAUUGAAAGAGUCGAAUCACCGACUGAUACUUUUUUUUUAAUUUUUCUAAAAUACCCAAACACGCCCGCUUAUACACGCGGUCAAAACAAAACUACAAGUCAGAUUUGGCUAAUAUUUUGACAUAGGCCGUCUACAAGAAUGUAUUAAACGAUGGUAGAUUUCUCUUGCGACAGUGGCGCCUUCGAGCGGAGAGGUUAAGUACUUAUCGGACCACCCACGUAAAGGACACUGCACACAUCUCAUGGAAAAUGUAAUGUCGUUCAAAUGCAAUAAAAUGUUCAUGAAUAGAUUCGUCUCGAAAUUACAAUCAUUUCGUAUCAUUGAGCCAACUCAAUUUUGAUUAAUACCGGCGUGAAUUGAUAUUAAUAAAUCUAAAAUCAAGUGUGUAUGUACGUGAUAAAAAAGAUUUUGUGAAUCGGUAGUUCAUUAAUCUUUCUUCAGGUAUUAAGGCAGAGGCCUACUCUUAUCUUAUAGAUAAUAAAGUAGGUAUAAUUUGAUCAGUCGUACCAUAGUUCCUGUAAUCGGCUUAGCUCACGCUGGGUUAAGCUGUUUUCAAUAGAGACUAGACAUAGUAUGUAUGAAUAUGACAUAAUAAUUUUAUGGACUGCAAAAAUGUGAUUUCCAUAAACUUUAAUCACAAUUUACGACGUUUUUAAUUAAAAUUCAGAGUUCGUGCAAUGAUAUGAAAUGAUUGUAAUUUCGAGAUGAAUCUAUUCCUGUAAAUUUUAUUGCAUUUUAUUGACAUGCCAUUUUCCAUAAGAUGUGUGAGGUGUGAUAUUAUAAUAUUGUCUAUGGCAUGUAUUCUGUAAUAUUUCCGUUAAAUUUAAGAGGCCUGUAAAAUUUUUAACCUUUCUCUAAAACUUUUAGGUAACAUUGACAUUUUAUAAAGACAUACUAUAGAGGACCGCUAUUUUUUUACAUAAAUCUACUAAAAGGUUUUCAAUUAAAUACAGCAACGUCGCACGUUGAUCAUGUUUAAAUAAACUACUUUUAAUGUAGAAAUUAAAUAAAAACUGACUGUCGGAAGCCAAAAAACUUAAGAAAGGCGUCUUCGGCGUCUAAUAUUUAAAUAAAGUGUUACAGAAUAACCCCAUAUUGCGUUAAAUUUUCCAUACUCAGAUUAAAAAUUCAACCGUUAAACCUGUAUAUAUUUUCUUAAUAACCUUCAAACUUCUUUUUCUGGGAUUAUCUGUAUACUGAGGUUUGGUUUUCUGUAGAAGAUUUUGAGAAAUUCUAUGCACCUGCUAUGAUAAAUUUAACUUGAAUAUCGUCACACAAAGGGUACCCCCCGUUAAAAUAGGCAAAAUGCCCUCACUCCCAGAAUUUUCAGCGCAAUUUUAAUGCCCCACUUCUCAUCCCCCUCUUCCUCUGCUCUAAUAAUAACGUCAUUUUUUCGUUUUUAUUAUUUUUUUUAGGUGAGAUGCAAUCGAUUUAGAAUUUUCAAAAAAUUCACACGCGUGUUUUACAAAACAUGUCUAUUGUUUAAAGACCCGUAGAUUAAGUGUAUCUUCUUCUUCAUGUGCCUCAUCCUUUAACCUUCGGAUGACCAAGUGUGGUAAAUUUUGACCCCAAUGUAUGUAUUUAUUUAAUAACUUCAGAAAUAUUUUCAAUUUUAAACUCAUUUAUUAAGUAUUUGACUUUAAUAUCAUUCUAGGUACCCUCAUAUUUUGUAAUAAAAAAAUUCCCUAUAUUUUACGAAAAAAAAAAUAUUUUCAGAAUUUGUUCCAUCAAAGACGCCUUCCAUGUUCCAAUUUUAUAUUACGUAAAUAUCGUCUAUUAUGUGGAAUUGUUUGUAAGAAAUAUUCCAAUAUUGAAAAAAAUGUUUGUUAAACUUGUGGCGAGGUAAAUUAGUGUAUGUUUUAAAAUUUGUUUAAUUUUAUGUUCAAAAUGAUGAUUCGUGUUUUUGUUUAGUUGUAAUGAAAAUAUGUUUUACCAAUGUUUAUUUAUCAUUUAUUGAUACCAUACUAACAUUAAAAUUACGAAUACGUUAUUUUAUUUCUUAAAACAACGUAAUUUUUUUGUCAAUUGUCAUUUUUGACUUGGGGUCAUUUUUGACCCCCGUUGGUCAUCCGUGUAACAAAAAAAGGUUGGUCAUCGGAAGGUUAAGGACAUUGGCGAUCAUCAUGGCCCAUUUUACUCUGUCUGUAGAGGUUCUGAAGAGUUUUAUUGUUGUUUUUCUACUCCACUGCUUCAAAUUAUUCAACCAGAACGUGCGUCGUCUCCCCGAUCCUCUUUCUCCUUCCCUUUCCUUUGUACAGCCAACCGCAUCACCUCAUUAUUGUUAUUUCUUAGUAUGUGACCAAAGUAGCUCAUUUUUCUUCUCUUCAUAGUGUUGAGUAUUCCUUUUUCUUUUUUUCAUCGUUCUUAAUGUUUCCGUGUUUGUUACGUCUUGUGGCCAUGAUAGUUUCUAUCUGGUAAAACUGGUUUUCAAAAUCAACUCAAUACAGAUCAACUCAGGUUUUUAAUUUGAAGUAACUGAGUCAUUUAAAACAUUCAAAAAUGAGAGAAACUCUCUGUAAAGCUAUCAGAGGUAGACAUACAUACGUCACUUUGUAUAUUUAUUGUAAAAAACUCGAUUUAUUUGAAAUCAAGAUAACCCAACGUCAAAAAGUGGCAGUUGACGUCAUACUAACGUGAGCUUGUUUUAAUUUCCAACUUUCAUAGGUUAUAAAAACUGACUUGAGACGUCUACGAAUCCCCUAAAGAAAAUUCUAGAAUAAUAAAUUUUUAAAUGAUUAUAUGAAUGCUUUUUAGACAAGGACCACUAAGUAUUUUUUUAACGAAUUUCUUAGGUACGAGUAGUUAUGUCGCAUUUAAGAAAUUUUGUCACAGUUGAGACAUUAUUUUUAAAAGACGGUACAUUUGACACUCCUUAUUUUAUUAUUACUGGUCUAUACCGGUUGUUUUAAGUAUUUGAAGAUUUCUAAAACAAUCACGAGUGUAAAUUUUUUAAUUGUCUUCUUACUCAUCCUCUUCCGAAUUGUUAAUCUCUACUAUGGCACUCGAGUCAUGGUAUCUUAAGCAGCCUUAUCGAUGUUUUUUCUUUAUGAAUUCUUGAAAAAAAGAUGAAAAUACUACCACCCUAACAACAUAAGACACAGAACAACAGAACAUUUUCAAAGGAAAUUGAGAUGUACAAUAUUUGUCGUUGAAAUACAUGUGAUUAGAAAUCUUCAAAUCAUUUGAGCACACGGUAGCUGCAUAGACUGAUUAUUUAUUAAGUUUUUUAUCUUUUGUACAUAUUUUAUGUUACAGUUUUGUGCUUGAAGAAUGGAAGUUGAUGAGCUACAACACCAUUGGUGUAACAUCGAUAAAUUUCUAUAAAAAUAUCUUUCUAGCUACUCAGUGUGUAGGCAUUGAGUAACUAGGAAGAAAGGACAUAAUAAUAUUUGGACCUCGGAGGUAAACUACACUAUGUCAUUUCGAGCAACUGUGAGGUAGAGCUCUUUGAAUGCCAUAAAAUUCUGAAGUAUCACAUAAAUAAAUCUGAUAUAUCCCAUAAUAAUUAUUGUUCGAAAGACAAUGUGCCCAUAUUUUAAUGAUAAUAAAUAACCAAUUUGUAUAAUCCAACUAAUAAAAUAAGUAAAUUAGAGAAACUUAUUCAAAACAACACCAUUUCAACAUAGUGUAGUUUAUCUCCGAGGUCCGUUAUGUCCUUAUACGUUUAUAUCGUUAGUACUAGAGAUAGUUCUAGGUGAACGUGAUCAUAACUUAAACGAUUUCCUAUAUCAACCAUGUGUCAUGUCCAUUUCACACCAUACUGUACCUAAAACGAUACAAUGGGUGCGUUCGGACGACCUCAGCGGCUGACUGUAAGCACAAAGCGGCUUAGUGGUUGUAUCCAGUGGCAAUAGGAAACUCUUAGUAAAUCUCUCAGCGGCUGACUUCCACCGCGCACCGGUGUCGUCUGAAUGCUACCGCUAAGGCGGCGGUUACAUUGGAUGCGAGUUCGUACGAAAAACCGAUCGUACGAAUUCGUAAGAAUACGUAGGAAAUCAUCAGAACGAUGGGUACAACGUUAUAUGCACGUGUUGUGAGUUUUUAAUGAAUCUCACGUGAAUAUUUUAGGACCACACGCAUAUGUCCCAAAGCAUAGAGUCCUUCGAUAUUAACAAACUAGUGAACUUUUAGGGCGAAUGGUUCUGAGAAUUUAUUUGGCCUGGUUUUAUAGUUGCUAAUGAACACGAUAUGAAGGAUUGUAAAAACGAGAAAUAAAAGUGUUAAGCGAACAAAACAUUUAUUAACAGCGAGUUUAACAAAUAUGCGGAAUUAACGAUAAAAUGUCUUAAUAGCGAAAGAGGGAGAGAGAGAGAGAGAGAGAGAGUAUUUAAUCUAAUUAUUGCGGAGAACGUAUUUUCACGACGAAAAGAGGAGCACACAACACUAACACCUCGCUUUAGAGAGGCUGGCGAGAGACUUAAAAUUCUAUUCAAAUCACUGCAUUAAUAUCGUAGUUUACACUUUUCUUCAUGAAAAAGAGCCACCAUGCUAUUCUUCUUUGGCAAAGCGACAUGCCUUUUACCCCGAAGACGAUAAAUAGCAAACAUACGUCCGUUAUCUUUUGUGCCUACAUAACACAAGCUUUUGAGAUAACUAAAAUAUAUUUUCCAUCCACAUACAGAUUGUCCCAAAAAUGUAAGCGCGAUAUUUUUACAUAAAUGCGAAUUAAUUUUACUGUUAUUUUCACAACAGCACGGUUACAUUACUUACAAAUAUUUCUUACGAAUUCGUACGAACUGGUACGAUUUUCUGAUGCGACCAACAUGAUUUGUUUUUUCUGCGACUUUUCGUACAAGAAGUCGAUUGUAUUUAAUAGUUUUGUGGUGUUCGGCUGAUUAUAGUUACAAAAUGGAUGUUGAAAAAUAUAAUACUAGUCCAAGAAAGGCAAUCUUUAUGGGACCAAAAAAUGUAAACAAUACAACAACCGAGAUUUGAAUAAAAAAUCAUCAACCCAAACUCUGGAGUUUUCUAAUAAAAGCAACUUUAAUAAAAACGGUGUUUCAAAAAAGUAAUAAUUAACUAUUUAGAUGGAAAGUAAGCCACAAUUAAAUUGAAAAAAAAAAAAAGUUAAAAUUAUUAACGUUUCGACGCCCAAAUCGGGUGUCGUCAAAAUACUAUUAAAUUAAACAAAAAUUUUGUUGCUUAGUAAAAAAUUCUUCUAAUAAUUUAUUUAAUCUGACUCAUUUAUAUUUAUAUUUUUUUCAAUUUAAUUGUGGCUUAUUUCCCAUCUAAAUAGUUAAUUAUUAUAAAAAUGACACAAGGAAAUAUAGUGGAGUCACUGAAGGUUUUCACCUCCGAUUUCGUUGAACCUUGAUCGAUUUUCAUGAAAAUUGGUGAGUAAUUAGAGGAUACCUCAAGAAACAAAGGUGACAAUGCCAACUUGCGUUUUUACCCUGGCGUUGAAUGCCACCCCUUCUCGGGGGUGAAAAUUAUUUUAUUAAAAAUAAUACCAUAAAUCGAUAGAGGAACAAAUUAUAAGCAAAAUUUGUUAUAUCAAGUUAUUAAUAUUAAUCAACACUUUUUGAGUAUUAAAGACCAAAGAUUUUAUUUUUUCCUAAAAAAAUGCAUGUUUUAAAUCGGUUUUUCACGUAUAACUCAAAAACUAUAAGCUUUUAUAAAAUAGUUAUUAUUACUGAAAUUGAUGAUAAUAAAAAACUGAAUACAUUCCUCACUUAAAGAACUAAACUGAUGUUAGUUCAAAGUGAGUUAUUGGCAAUUGAAUGUGUAUUUUUUUCGACAAGUACUUAAAUCUAAGUAUUCAAGCUUAAAUAACGGGAAAACGAUGCAGUGUAUAAAAUAUAACUGCUAAUCAUUUGUCAACGUAAUUCGAAAUACAUAUUAAAUGUGCUUCAGAACAAGUUAAUAGCGUCAAAAUUAAGCAAGUUAUGAUGAAAAUAAAAGUACCCUUUCGAAUUUUUUAGGUUAGGUGUAAAGAACCAUUUCCACAAAAAUUAAAAUUUAUAAUAAUCCUUACAAUAACUUCUUUAUAUUAGCAUAAGUAAUGAUUUCAAUAAUUUUGACCGGUUUAGAAUGCAUAUUUUUGACAAAAGAAAAAUAUAAUUUAAAGAAAUCAUAAUUUUUAAAAUUAUUGUAAUUUUCAUAUUCUUUUCAUUCAACUCCAAAAAUACUCAAUAUACGUAAAAAAUGAUAAAUACCGAAAUUUUAGUUUAUUCUGUGUCAAAUAUUUUACCUGUUUUACUAUUUCCACAGGGUAAUAAAUAACCGAGAUAGAAACGUUUAAAUCUUAAAUUUUGCUGUGAAAACCAUGCAACCGGGGCAAAUUAGCCUUUUAUUUUUAAAUAAAGUGAGGGGUCUAAAAGAUUAAAUUCAACGUGGUUAAAUAGCCCUUGGAAUUAACUUCCAAACUGUUUUUAGAUAAACCUGAUAUCUUAAAAAUAUACGGAGUUAUUAAAAAAAGCAAUAACAUUUUUUGGAAAAAUUAAAAAAAAAAUAAAUUUUGAAAAGGUUUUGGUGCAUAAAUUUUAAUGCUAUCAACAUGUUCGGGGGCUCAUUUAAUAGAUAUUCUUAAGUACUUUGACAAAUGUUAAAUAAGUUUAUGUUAUAAAAUGCAUCAUUUUCCCGUUAUUUCAGCUUGAAUACUUAGAUUUUUUUUACUCGCCGAAAAAAAUAUAUAUUCAAUUACCUCUAACUCAUUUUUAGUUAACACUAAAAGGUUUUGCUAGUAAAGGAUUUAUUUAAUUUUUUAUUAGCUUCAAUUUUAGUAAUAUUAACUUUUUUGCAAAAACUUAUAGCUUUUGAGUUAUUGAUGAAAAAUCGGUUAAAAACAUGCAUUUUUCUCAUGAAAAAUUAAAAUCUUUGAUCUUUAAUAACUCAAAAAGUUUUCAUUUAUUUUAAUAACCUAAUAAAACAAAUUUUGCUUAAAAUUUGUUCCUCUAUCGAAUUAUGGGGUUAUUUUCAAUAAAAUAAUUUUAUCCACCCCCAGGGUAAAAGCGCAAGUUGGCACCAUGUCACCUUUGUUCCUUGAGAUAUCCUCUAACCACUCACCAAUUUUCAUGCAAAUCUAUGGAGGUUCAACGAAAUCGAAGGUAAUAGCUCAUAUCCACCUCCAGUGACUGCACUAAUAGCUUUAGAACAACAUUAAAAAAGUAAUACUUCGCAGCGUUAUUCAUUGUUAAUAACCAUAAACCACAAUGUAAGAACUCUGAUAUAUCUACUGCGUUUUUUAGUCUGAGGUCACAUCUAAUGGAACCAAUCUGUCUUACAACUUGAAUUCGUAAGAAUAAAGUUCAGAAUGAAACAAAUACGUACAAUGUUAUAUGCACAGUUACAUUAUUUACAAAUAUUUCUUACGAAUUCCUACGAGCUCAUACGAUUUUCUGAUGCGAUCAAUAUAAUUUGUUUUUUCUGCGACUAUUCACAAAAAAAAUUAAUAAUAUGUACUAGUCCAAGAAAGGCAACCUUUAUGCGACCAAAAAACUAAACAAUAACUCAUAUGUCCAGCCACUGAGAUCGAACGUACCUACUGAUCAAUUUUGGAUGUAUGUGACCUAUGUAAACAAACAAAAAAUGUGUAAAACAAACUUUCACACACUUUAAAUGUGAGUUUGAUCGCUCGUUAUGGUAUUGUUUUAACCAGUUGUGAUGUAGUUCAUUGACUCAUGUAAUUUUAUGGUAUGCCAUAUUUAUAUUUUAAUUCAAACUCCUCAUACGAUGUUAAUCUAUCUUGUUGUGUGUUUUCGAGAAGAUAUUUGAAAUCUAUUUGUCUGCUAUUUUAGUAUACGAGCUGUAAAAGAAAAUAAGUAUUCGCUUUCUUAUUUAAACAAAAAAGUGUAUUUCAGUUCGUCAAUAGAAAACACUAAGACGCUUCUUACCAAUGCCUUCUUUUAGUUGUGAAGAAUUAUUGAUCAAAUUUUAGACAAAUUUUACAGCGAUAUAAAAUCAAUACGGUUGAGUGGUAAAAUAUCAAAUAAAAACGUAUUCUGUACAUACCAUAUUUACCAAAUCCGAUUAUUUAUUAAUAUGUUGUAUAAUAUUUUAAGUUUUUCCCUCUAUUUUGACAAUCUAUUUUCUGUUUUAACCAAAUAAAUACCGUACUGUUGUGUAUAUAGCUCUAAUGCAUUAUUGAAACUGUUGUGUAUUUAUGUAUUUGUAAUGUUGCAUUACUUGAUUUUACAAAUUAAGAAUGAAACAAAAUUACUGACUGUAAAAAAGUAGUGGAUCGAUUCAUUGACAUACAUCAAGGUGUCACAAUUAUCUUAAAAAUAUUAAUGUACAACACUCUACUCCCAACUUAACAUAACAUGACACAUACUUCAAGUUUAGCUUGGUUUAGCAAGGUUUUUUAAUUGUGCGUUGAGACCUACGUAGUGGUGCGUCAUCUGAGCUAGCUGCAGGCGCAUUGAAAGAGGUUGCAGUAGUAAGAUAAUGGUAGUUUUAUUUGUCAAAUUUCUAACAAUGCGUAUUUCUGGCUACCUAGUAUAGGCAUCAACUAAAAUAAAAUAGUAUGAGUUCAUAAAAGGUCCUGCAAUAUCUACAUGAACUCUCUCAAAAGGGCUCUGCUGUCUCCUAUAGGUUACUUACUCCAUAACGUUACAAUCCUUCGUGGGUUUUAGCCUACUCGACAGCAUGAUUCCACUCUUCUCUGUCUUGAGCAACCUCUAUCCAAUUUUCCACGCCCAUGGCCUUCAGGUCUUCCGCUAUAUUAUCUCGCCACCGAAGUCGAGGACAUCCGCGUGGUUUUCUUUCAGUUGGGACUUUCUCCCAUACCAGCCUUACUCUUCUUUGGUCAGAAUGUCUUCUGAGGUGUCCUGCCCAGUUUUUCCUGGAUUCCUGAUUUUAUUGCAGUUUGUACAAUUGUUGCAUAAUAUAUCUUCUGUCGUUAUAAAUUCCUGGCUAGCAGUAAUAUUAUCUGGCAAGCAUCUUCAUCACUACCUGAUUUAAACUUUACUUUUCAUGCAUACUUUGCUCAGAUGGCCACCUUGUUUACAUUUUUUACAAACUAAAUUUGUUUUAUUACAUUUUUUCGCAAUAUAUUAUAAAAUCCGCAUCUAAAACAAAAUAUAUUUUUAGUUUUGUUAUUGUGGAAAUCAUUUCUUUCCCCAUUUGUAGGUUGUGUGUGUCGUUGUUUAUUCUUGACACUAGAAACUUUGUUGAUAUGUAUUAACAUUAGUAUUUAAUUUCUGUAAUAGAGCUGCAUCUGGUUGAUGUCUACAUGCUGAUGGCAAGUUCUAAUGCUUUCUCAAUUGUAAGAUAUUUGUAUUCCAGGAGUCUUUGAAUAUUUUAGUUCCGUAGACUAAAUACAUCCUUUGUUUAAAUAAUCUAAUAAUCUAAUCUAUUCAUUGAUACAUAUUUGAGAAGCUGUUGAGAUGAGCGUGCGCAUAGGUCUAUGUUGGAAUUUUAUUUUAUUUUACUAUUGACUUUUGAAACCUGAGUUCAUCAAACGAAUUUAAUGUGUUAAUGGAUUAAUAGGCUGAAUGGAACAGAAUUGGUAAGAUUUCGUAUCAAUUAUUUCUAAAUCUUGUUUGUGUAGAACCAAAGAAUAACAAAAAAUUUAAUUUUAUAAGCUAGUUUAACUAAAUAAUCACCCAAUGUACUUUUCUUCGUACACACCACAUAAACUAAAGCGAAUAUUAAUUUUGGUUUCCAGCUCUUUUUUCUUUUGCUUUUCGUGCGAAGCUGCUUCUGUAGCAUUGAUUUUAAUUCAGAAUAUUUUUAAGUAUCAACAAUUUUAUUGCUAUGUACAUGUAUUGUUUAUUAUAUAGCUAUAAUUUUAUACAUGUUAUUAAAAAGACUUUUUUAUAUUCGAAAAGUUAAGAAUGUAUUUUAUUGCAUAUUUCUGUAGCAUCGCUUAAGAGCUUCUGUAUACGCAGGUAUUAUUUAUUUCAUUCACCGUUUAUCAGCAAAUAUAAAUAUAUAUCUUGUAUUACAUACUCCAUAAAGGGAAAUUUAUCUAAUUUUUGUGUGAUAGUUAAUCGUUCGUUGCCAAAAAGUUUCUAAUAGGGCGUAGUUUUGUUAAAAUUAUCAAAUUUGUGUGUUGUUUCUAUUUGGUAUACAGGGUGAGACAAAACUCGCGCGUAUAAUUGUUUUUGUUUUUAUAAACAAAACUCUACUUUAAUAACAUCAACAUUGAUUACUUCAUAUAGUUUCAAAUUUUAUGAAUUUAGAACAACAAAAUUCAAUACUGAUUGCUUUCUAAGGACAUUUAAAGUAGCUCAUGUUUUUGUUGCUCUUCGGUGCCUAAUUGGAGGCAUAAGUGCGUGAAGCUCGUGAUUAUACACUCAUGGACAAAAAUAUGGUAUUAACAUUUUGAAACUAUCAUAUGAAGUGAAAUUUUUGUCCUAAAAUUCUUAGCCCUUCCAGUGUCAUAGGAAUAGGAUUUUCUUCCCAAAUGCGAUGUUAUAAAGUUUCAUAUUGUUCUGUUAAAUAAAAAGGGUUGCACUUUAUACAGGUUUAUUGAACUCAUGCAAAACAGUAGGAGAGUUGAGAUCUGCCAUCGGCCUUGACAUGUUCGUGACUAACUUCACAACUUACAGAGCUGCCAGAUUGUGCCGAUAGUACAUCCCCCUCUUUACAAAAACAAGUAGAGUACCUUGUAGUUGCAAACGUUCGCUCGUUUUUGUAUCGUAACAUUCCUACCACUAGGCGAUCCCUAAUUAGCUCUUCUUUAAGGGCACCGUAGUCGCAAUUUUCUGCCAACGAAUGUAAACUGGUAAUAAAGUGUUCUACAGCGUCCCCUGGUUGUUGAAUUCGUGAAUUAAAUUUAAAUCGGUCGAAUAUUACGUUACGACCGGGAAUAAAGUGAUUUUCAAAACUCUGUAACAUCUCUGAAUAAGUAUUUGGAAUUAUCGGAAACUGUAGAACGAUUUCUUCGGACUCAUCUCCCAUUAUAGAUAUUAUAAUGUCGAUUUUGUCUUUCUCCGGUUUCUGAUCUUGUCCCUACAGUGACAUGAAUCUCUCUUUUCCGCCACUAGGGUCAUAUAUUUGGUUGUGAAAAAGUAAAUUUUUCCGGUGGGUUUACCUGAACAGGCAUGUUAAUUGUCGUUGAGACUCUACUACCAGAUUCGUCUAAAUCUGUGUUUGUGCACCAGCUGCCGCCAUGUCCUGUUAAAUAAAAGGGGUUCUUGCACUUUAUACAGGUUUAUUGAACUCUAUACAAAACAGUAGGAGAGAUGAGAUCUGCCAUCGGACUUGACAUGUUCGUGACUAACUUCACAACUUACAGAACUGCCAGAUUGUGCCGAUAGUACACAUAUAAAUGCUCGAUCGUAUUUAAAUCUGAUAUGGGCUAUAUUGCGGACAAUAUAUUUUACAUUGAAUCUCAUCAAGGUAAGUAUAUUCACAAUAUGGCUGGCAAAUGGCAAAACAUGAUCUAACUAAAACGUUUUCAAUGUACAUGUCAGGGCAAUACCACUCCAUAGCACUAUGCCGCCACCACCAAAACUCGCGCUCUGUUUGAGGUUAUAACUGGCAUACCGUUCGUUAACUCUUUUGCAGACGAAGUUUUGCCAAUCUCGCUUCCAUAUGCCGAACGGUAUGCCAAUUGUAACUUCACACAGAACGUUAGUUUUGGUGGUGGCGGCAUAGUGCUUGGAAAGGACAUACCGUACUUGUGAAGAUGAUUGGGCGAGUGACAGCAAGCUGACAUGUACAUUGAAAACAUUUUAGAAUAUCAUGUUUUGCCAUUUUUCAGCUAUAUUGGAUACAGCAGAUUCGUGGUAAUUCACGCAUGUCCACAUGUCGCUAGAAUAGUGAAUAAUUACCUUGACUAGAUUCAAUUUAAAAAAUUAUAUUGCUCACAAUAUAGCCCAUAUCAGAUUUAAAUCCAAUCGAGCAUUUGUAUGUAACUUUAAAAAAUCGCAUUCGGAAAAUAAAUCCUAUUUCUAUGACACUGGAAGGGCUAAGGAUUGCAGGACAAAAAUUUCACUUCACAUGAUAAUUUAAAAAUAUUUUAUGUUUUUGUACAUUAGUUUAUAUAAACAUGAUGAACAUGAGUAUCCUGAACAGUAGAUGUGUUAAUGAAUGUUUAAAUAAUUCUGCGUGUAACAGAAAAAAACUAAAAUAUAUAAAAAACAAAUUAAUUCUAGUAUGAAUGAUAGAAUGGCUGUAUAAUUAUUAUAGGUAUUUUUGCACUAGUAUUUAUGAAAAAAAUGUGAUUGCGUAGAUAUAUUGUUGCCAAUAAAAAGAUAUAGCGAGUGGAUAAUAAAUCAUUUUUUAAGGAUG